AUGGUUUCUCUUCAUUGUCUUGCAGAUGUCUGCGUGGUGCCCAUCGGCACAGGGAAUGCUUCGGUUCUGGAUGAGGUUGCUGUGAUCACCAAAUUGGCCCGUGAGUCGCUGUUGGAAACCACGCUUCACUCGGCGGGCACCACUAUUGCCGGCCCGUGGUCAGAGGUAAUGGAAUUGAUUGGUCAAUUCCACGAGGUGCUCCAUGAACGUGGAGUGGUUCGGAUCCAGAGCGAUAUUCGUGUUGGUACUCGAACUGACAAGUCACAGAAACCCCAGGAUAAGAUCGAUGUGGUCGAGGCCAAACUUAAGGGUUUGUAG